AUGACGUCACCGACUCCCCGGACGCCCCCUCGUCUGAUGUGCCGCCCUCCGCUGGAUGUCCCGGACCCGCUACCAGCUUCCUCCUUUAUCAUCCCAACCCCUCCCCUUAUCAUCCCAACCCCUCCCUUUAUCAUCCCAUCCCCUCCCCUUAUCAUCCCUCCCCUUCCCUUCAUCAUCCCAGCCCCUCCUCCUUUCUUCGUCUCCAGUCGCAGUCACUGCCAGCCCAGCCUCGGCCCCUCCUCGUCGACUCCUCGUUUUCCCUCUACACCGCUCCUCCUGCUGUCCCACCCAGCGAGGCCCGCCUCUUCAAUCCACCUCUCGUCUCUUCUGCCCUGCGUGCAUGGAUCCUCCAAGGUGCGGACGUCAGUUUCCCUUCAUUACUUCACCCUUCCGGUGCCUCCGGUGCUCCCCGUACCAUCGACGCCGGCGAUGUUUCUCUCACCCUCAAGUGUGCCGAUCCUCGCACCUCUCACUGCUCCUGAGUUCGCACUCGCUUUUUCCAUCUACCGUGAUGUACUCUGCUCAGCCUUCCCAUCGCGGCGUCAGGAGCUGGAUGACUAUCUUUCUAUCAUCUUGGACCUCGCCGUUCGAUUUGGAGGGUCGGGCUUCUACGAUUACCAUCGUCUGUUCUUGGCCCGUGCGUCUGCCCGUCUUCAGCAGUGGAACAUGUCUACAUAUUGGGGCUACCUGGACCUCGAGCUCAACUGUCGCGUUUUUGCUGGUCGUACUGCUCUCUCCUGUGAGCUCUGCGGUUGCCCAUCUCACCCCGCUUCCUCCUGCAAUCUCGUUGCUCCGCCCCCUCCCGCUCCCCGCACUGCCGUACCCUCAGCUCCUACGGCAGCCCCCGCCCCUAUCUUUACGACUUCCAGUUCCCGCGAUAGCCGCGGGCGGCGUUUGCUUUUCCUCGGAGGACGGAUGGUUUAUCGGGAUGUCCCCUUCACCCUCCUAAAUUUGGGCCCAAAUGACUACUUCGGCAUCUUUCUACCCCCGUCAAUGUCCCUGCUCUCGCUGCUGACCUCUCCCUCCAUCCUGAUCAUUCUUUCCCAAGGAAGUUUCGGAGGGUUUCAUGAUCGGCCCUUUCGCUUCUGCUCCCUUCUCCACCUAUCGCGUCAAUCCUACAUUGUCUCGGCUUUUAAGGUCCUCCCUCUGCACCCUGAUUUUUGGCAUCUGUUCGGAGUUUGCUGGGAUGGCAGAUUUUACUUUGCAGUUCGACUCGCCUUCGGAUGCAAAAGCAGCCCCAAGAUUUUCGACACUCUGGCCGAAGCCUCGUGUUGGAUCUUGCUGAAUGUUUGCAGACUACCCUACGUGCUUCACCUCCUCGAUGACUUCCUCGUGGCGGUCCCCCCUUCCUCCCCGCCUGCGUAUGGCCUCCGCACCCUCUCAUCUGCAUUUCAGCGUCUCGGUAUCCCCCUCUCUCCGGAGAAGACAUUGGGUCCAUCUACCUCUCUCGAGUUCCUUGGCAUUCAGCUGGACUCCGUCUUGUUUCAGGCUUCCCUUCCACCCGAUAAGCUGGAUCGCAUUGCUACUGCCCUGUCAGAAUUUGUGCUGCAGCCUCGAUGCUCGAAGCUCCAGCUCCUCUCUCUUCUUGGGCAUCUCAAUUACGCAAUUCGAAUAAUACCUCAAGGUCGCUCUUUUAUCUCCCACCUUCUCAGCAUUGCCUCCUCGGUUCCCUCACUUCAAAACCGCCUCUCCUUGGACGACGCAUGUAUCUCGGAACUCCGCUUCUGGCUCUUCCUCCUCCAGCAAUGGAAUGGCAUCUCUUUCUUCUACGAAGACGCUAUCCUAGUCCCUGAAGAUCUGCAACUAUUCACUGAUGCUGCUCCCUCGAUAGGCUUCGGCGGCUUCUUUGGCGGCCGCUGGUUCGCUUCUCAAUGGCCUCCGGAGUUUGCUUCGCUUUCAUUUGAAUCAGGUGAUUCCUCUGCCUUGUGGGAACUCUACCUGGUCGUCAUAGCCGCACUCCUUUGGGGACACGAAUGGACACGACGAGUGAUCCUUAUCCACUCCGACAACUCUGCUGUUGUUCAUAUGAUAAACAAAGGACGAUCUAAAUCCCUGACACUCAUGCCAUUCUUACGUCGCCUGACUUGGCACUCAAUCAAACCUCAAUUUAUUCUUCGAGCCAUUCACAUCCCAGGCCAUUCAAAUGCUAUUGCUGAUUCUCUCUCUCGUUUUCAAUUUCAGAAAUUCAAAGCCUUGGCACCUCAAGCAGAGCCUCAUCCGACACCAAUUCCUCCAUUUUCAGACUCAAUCCUCCAACUGACCAGCAGUUCUUUCAGCUCCUCCUCCAAGCCCAAGAAAUAA